CGGAUUUACGUCUUACGUCGUACGGAAGUAAACAAUCCGCCAGCUGACGUGGAGGAGCGACGCGGAAACUGUCCGGUUCGGCAGAAAGCUUCUGUUUUCAGUCGCUGUUCGGUUUGGGAAAAAGUCCCGGUCCAGAAUCCCUCGAAAGUCUCGGUCUGAAGAAAGAUGGCGGCUGAGGAGGAGGCCAGCCGGCCGUUCGCGGGGCUCUCCGACGUCUCCAUAUCGGAGGACAUCCCCGUGGAGGGGGACAUCUCGGUGCCCGUGGGCCCCUCCAGGACCGAGGAGGAGUUCUCGACACUGGACGAGCCGGUGAAGGAGACCAUCCUGCGGGAUCUGCGGGCGGUGGGCAACAAGUUCAUCCACGUGCUCUACCCGCGGCGCAGCUCGGCGCUGCUGCGGGACUGGGACCUGUGGGGCCCGCUGCUGCUCUGCGUCACGCUGGCCCUGCUGCUGCAGGACGGCACGGCCGACAGCGACCACGAGGGAGGACCGCAGUUCGCGGAGGUGUUUGUCAUCGUCUGGUUCGGCUCCAUCAUCAUCACUCUGAACUCCAAGCUGCUGGGCGGGACGCUGUCCUUCUUCCAGAGCCUGUGCGUGCUGGGAUACUGCAUCCUGCCUCUGACCGUGGCCAUGGUGGUGUGCCGGAUCGUCCUGUUCGGCGCCUCCGGGACCAUCGGCUUCGUGGUGAGGCUGGUGGUCGUGACGGCGUCUUUCGGCUGGUCCACCUUCGCCUCCACGGCCUUCCUGUCCGACAGCCAGCCGGCCAACCGCAGGGCUCUGGUGGUCUACCCCGUCUUCCUCUUCUACUUUGUGAUCGGGUGGAUGGUCCUGACCUUCUCUCCUUCAACGGAGAGGCAACCGUGAGCGAGGGCGAACGAUUCUGAUGAGUGAGAGAACUCAAAGGAGGAACUGGAAUCUGUGGUGAAGCGGUCCUGCUCCUGACCGGAGUGAUGUGCGGCGCUGGAACGGCUCUUCCUGGAGGGAAGCGUUCUCCUCUGUUAUGUUCCUCCUGCUCACAGAAGCACUUGGUGAAUGUUGUAGCUGUCUGGGAUGAGAGCGUUUCCCCUUCCUCUCUUAGAAAUCUGCCUUUUCCUAGUUUUCUGAUCUUGGAGCCAAACUCAAACUCUGAAAAAAAAAAAUGGCUAUUUUUUGGUGGGGAGGUGUAGUUUAUUUUUUGUUGUUUGUACUUCUGAAAUGAGCCGGAUGGCAGUUGGGGGUUUCACGAGAAAAUGUUAUUGUACAGUUUGUUUUCAGGAGUCAGAGCCAUCCGGAGCCUCUUCAUUUAAAUAAACUGACGACAGCAGUGAAGCGGCUUUUUGUUCCAUCGCCGGCGGCUGACGUGAGGAGACUUUUGGACCGUGACAUGACCGUUUUCUGCUACGUUUGUGAGAAAACGCUGAAGGAAGACGAAAAAAACGGGAAAAAAACGGGAAAAAAGAAGAAAUUAAAUCGUUUUUAAAAAGUGGAUUAAAAUGUGAGUUUUACCUCCUAAUUUAACAUGCGA